AUGAUAGCAGUAGACCAGCAGAGAGAGGAGCAGGGUAGGGCAGUGCAGUGGCAGAAGCGCUGUUCUUACCAGACAGGGGGAACGGGCCGAGGUAGUGACUGCGGCGGCUCGGCUGCAGGGCAGCUCGGUGGCUCGGCUGUUGGGCGGCUCGGUGGCUCGGCUGCUGGGCGGCUCGGCGGCUCGGCUGCUGGGCUGCUGGGCGGCUCGGCGGCUCGGCUGCUGGGUGGCUCGGUUGCUCGGCUGCUGGGCGGCUCGGCUGCUGGGCAGCUCGGCGGCUCGGUUGUUGGGCGGCUCGGCUGCUGGGCGGCUCGGCUGCUGGGCGGCUCGGCGGCUGGUGUGGCUGGUGACGAUCGCGGCAGUAGUUGUAGGAGCUGUGGUGACUGCUGCUGCAGAGACGGCAGCGGCUGCUGCCUCAGGGACGGCGGCGGCCGGCCGCUAGGGGCUGCGAAGGGCGGCGGAGGGGCUGUGAAGGGCGGCACGAGGGGCCGCCAAGGGCGGCGACGGGCCUUUCCUAUAUCGCGCCUUCGCCAUCGCGCUUUCGUCCGAUGUCCGUUCCCCUCCCAUCACCUUCGCGGGUCUCUCUCCUCCCCCCCCGUCGCCUUCUAUCUUCCCUCCCUCCCCGUCACCCUCGCUCUCCCCUUCCUUCCUGUCGACAAGUUUUCUCCCUGUCGCCUUCGCCCUCCCUGUCGCCUGACCCAUGACCACCUGCUCACCAUCCCUCCCGUCGACUGCGCGCUCUCCCUCCCGUCGCCUUCGCGCUCUCUCCCUCGUGGCCUUCUCGCUCUCCGUCCCAUCGCAUGGGCGCUCUCCCUCCCGUCGCCCUUGCAAUUUCCCCUCUCUUCCCGUCGCCCACUUCAUCUCCUAUCGCUCACGUCCUCCCUUCCCAUCGGCAUCGCACUCACGUUCCUCCCUCCACUCGACAUCGCCCUCACGUCCUCCCGUCCCGUCGUUCGCCUCCUCUCUCCCAUCCCGUCGUUCACCUCUUCUCCCCUCCCACCCCAUCGUUCGCUUCCUCUCCCCUCCCAUCCCGUUGUUCGCCUCCUCUCCCCUCCCAUCCCGUCGUUCCUCCUCUCUCCCCUUUCUUCCCGUCGCUUUUGCACUCUCCCCUCCCAUCCGCUGGUCUCCUCCUUCCCCUCUUACUAUCUCCUCCACCGCCUCUCCCCCCUUCUAACCGCUCGUCUUUCCCUCCCUGCAUCCCCUCCUUUCCCUCUCUGCAUCCCCUCCUUUCCCUCCCUGCAUCCCCUCCUUUCCCUCCCUGCAUCCCCUCCUUUCCCUCCCUGCAUCCCCUCCUUUCCCUCCCUGCAUCCCCUCCUUUCCCUCCCUGCAUCUCCUCCUUUCCCUCCCUGCAUCCCCUCCUUUUCCUCCCUGCAUCCCCUCCGUACCCUCCCUGCAUCCCCCCUGCUACCUAUCGUAUGCGUUGCCAGUGGUGCAGGCACUGGCAGGGCGUGUGGUGCGGCGAGUGCGGGCGGUGGUAGGGCGUGUGCCCACCAGGGACCUGGCUGCUCAGGUGGGUAA